AUGGCGGCGGUUCAAACAAAGCAAGAAAUGGAUGAUGAGGACUGUUCAUUACUACCCUUGGUUCACGACAUUAUUAAGUGCAUGGACAAAGAUAGCUCGGACGUCCAUCAAGAAUUGGCGAAGCUGAAGGCAAAGAUUCAAGAGGCAAGAGACCAGAUCUCCUCUAUGUCCGGCAUUGAUACAAGUCCCGCCGUGCAGCAGCAGCAACUCUCGACACUUCGGGAACAAGUCCGCACUAAAAACCAACUUUUAAAGAAAUACAAAAGCCUGUGCAUGUUUGAAGUACCAAAAGCAUCGUGAACUGCUCAAUUAGCCGUGCACACUGGACAGUGUGGAACUAAAAUG